GCCUGUGACAGACUGUUGGCACAUCGUGUUGAUACUAAAAUGAAAGGAAAUAAAGUGAAUGAAGUAUUGAAUAGAUUACACUUGGCCAUGCCAACCAAAAGAGAUAACAAGGAGCGGCUGCCUUUUAUACCUGAGGGAGCAGUAGCACGUAAGAAACGCAUGGAAGUAGACACACCCAGGAGGAAAUUGGAGAGAGAUCUUGAACUUGAAAUGGGAGAUGAUUAUGUUUUGGAUCUUCAGAAAUACUGGGACUUAAUGAAUUCAUCUGAAAAAUAUGAUAAGAUACCAGAGAUAUGGGAAGGUCAUAAUAUACUUGACUACAUUGAUCCGGAUAUAAUGAGAAAACUGGAAGAAUUGGAGAAGGAGGAAGAGCUGAGAGAGGCUGCUGGAGAAUAUGACAGUGAACCAGAAAGUGAAGAUGAAGAAAUGAUGGAAAUCCGACAGUUGGCACAACAGAUCCGAGAGAAGAAGAAACUGAAAAUCCUGCAGUCAAAGGAGAAAGAUACUCGAGGUCCGAGGAUGCCUAGAACAGCUAAAAAGGUCCAGCGGAAGGUGCUAGAGAAAGAAAUGACUGAUCUUGGACUCGACAUGACUAAUAAAGAUGAUGCACAUUAUGUGAGAAGGUCCCGUAGUGUUACGAGGAAACGUAAACGUGAUGAGUCUGAAACCCCUAGAUCUAAAUCUGUGGCACGCAGUCGCAGCUCCUCUCGCACACCACGGGAUGUUUCUGGUCUUCGUGAUGAAAAGAUGGUGAAGAAGGUCAAGACCAUGGCAAAGAAAGCUCAGAAGAAAAUGAAUCGCCUGGGCAGGAAAGGAGAGUCGGACAGACACAUAUUUGACUUGAAGCCAAAGCAUCUGCUGGCUGGAAAGAGAAAAUCUGGUAAAACACAGAGAAGAUAAGGAGUCUUCUGAAUUAAAACUGAUUAAAACUAA